GGAGAUUAAUUAAAUUGGCCUACCUUGCAGGGCUGUUGGAGGAUUGCUGCGCAAAACCGAACCCUACAAGUGAUAAUGGGAAGGCUAAGGGUGACGUAGGAUCCUAAGCCUUCCUAAAGUAAAGGCCCAAGAGGUUGCUUUCUGUGCAGCUGGGUGCAAAAUUCUGUGACAUCUCCAGUGGACGGAGGGGUGCUUCUGAUUUAUCCAGUGCUUUUUUUUUGGCGAGGGUUUUCAGGAUAAAAGCUCAGCCCUUCCUCCUGUUAUUGUCGUCAACUACAUAAAGGGGUUACCUGUAAACCCCACCCUCUUUCCCACGUGUAAAUAACACCCGAGACUACCGUGCAGGGCUGUGGUCAGCCGUUCUUCCGCCGCUCCGCUGUUCAGUGUGGAGAAGGGAGGACGAAACGGGGUUCUUGCAAGCGAUUUGCUCUCACACUCGCUUUUCAAAAGAUGGAGGGGGAGAGGCAGAGGGCCCUUGAACACCAAAUAUAGACAAGAAGUGGGGGCUGAAGCGCCCCCCCCCCCCCACGAAUUGCAGUUGAUCUCCAGACUACAGAGAUCUGUUUCCCUAUGAAAUUAUUACUACUAGUACUAGUAGUUGUAAAACUUAUAGCAACUAGGCGAAACCCCUUCCAAAUUCUUCUCUUCACUGGCAAUGCCCCCAGUUCUUCAGGAAUUCCUCAACCCGGACUUGGCACCCUGGAAAGUCUCUCUGAAGUUGAUCACAGUUGCUUAGCUCUGAGGGGAGCAAAGGGUUCCUUUCAUUAAGUUCCUUUCACCUUUUCCCCCACCCCCCAAAAAUGUGACUUCGCCGCCUCCUUCCUUAUGCUGUGAAACACCUGGAGAUUUCAGACCCACAGAGGAACUCCCCAUGGUAAACAGAAAAGGCUCUGGGGAAUGGCCUUCGGAUAUCAGUAACUUUUGUCAGUGAAGAAGGAUAAGCAAGUAUCAAUCCCUUCAAGCUGGAGGCUGAGGCAUCCUCUUUGAGCAAUGUACCACAAGUCAAGAAGGCUGUUUGGAACUGAGAAGUUUUCCUAGGAAUCAACCUGACUGGAGAGCCAACACUUAAUCUCUGGUUCUGGAUUUUGGGGGGUAGAGCCAAGAAUGAACGUGACAAAGGAGCAAAUAUCUGCAGGACCAGAACAAGAAGAGGGCCCAGACAGAGCAGGAGAAACUAUCAGGAUAGUUCAUUCUGAAGAUAUGGUGGAGCGGCCCAGAUGGAGAGUGUGGCGAGCGGACAGAGAGGAACCACGCUGGGAAGCCCCAUGGCAGGACCUCCUGGGAGGGCUGGAGUCCCCUCACUUGAGGUGGGAGAAGGAGCCUGGCCCCUGGGAAGACACUAAGUCCUUUUUGGCUUCCUUCGAGCAAGUGGCCCAGGCCUGCCAGUGGCCCAGGAAAGAGUGGGCCGCUCGGCUCCUGCCGGCACUCAGUGGAGAAGCCCAGCAGGUCUUUGCAAGCCUGGAGGCCAGAGACAGAGAGGAUUAUGGGAAAGUGAAGGUGGCCAUCUUGCGCUGGGAAGCCAACCGCAUGGAAACCCUACGGCAACACUUCAGACAGUUCCGCUCCCAAGAGGUGGAAGACCCGCGCCGGAUCUACAGCCAGCUGCAGGAGCUUUGCCGUCGGUGGCUGAGGCCAGAGAGGCACUCGAAGGAGCAGAUCCUGGAGUUGCUGAUCCUGGAGCAGUUCUUGGCCAUCCUGCCGCCAGAGCUGCAAAGCUGGAUCAGGGCUGGAGAGCCAGAAACUUGUGCCCAGGCUGUGGCCCUGGUAGAGGAUUUCCUGCUGAGCCAGCAAGAGGCCGAAGCAGAGAAAUGGCAGCUUCCACAGGAGGUCUACCUGGGUUCCCCAGAUGCAGAGGAUGAGUCCUCAGAUGCCGUGCCGAGAGAGAUCUACGAGGAUGCCAAACAGAACGGCGGUGGGGAGAGCAGCCCAUUAGGCAGGGGAGCGAAAGGCUUGAAUAGCUCUAGUCUGUUGCAUUCACCUGAAGGACAGCAAGUGGCCGGAACGGAGCAGACAGAGGGACUGAAGAAUCUUAAGGAAGCAGGUGUGGCUGUCCAGGUGAUCGAGCAGAGCCCAACAGAGCUUGGCCCAAGGACUAUGUUUUGGCAAGUCCUGCAAGAGGACGGGAAGAAUGUAGGUUCUUUGGAGGGGCUUUUGGUUCCUAAACCUGACCUCCUUUCUCAUCCAGAAAAAGAGGAAGUGAUGUUCAUCCAGUUCCCGGAGGAAAGAGGGAGGCUUUCUGGUCCAGGUUCAGGUGUCAAAAGAGGGAUUAAGGUCAAAGUAAAGAAUUCGCAUUGUGGGGAAAGCGGGCCAGAGGAAACGGUGCUGGAUUUAACCCAUGAGCUGGCAGCAUCUCCAGAGAUCCAAGAGGAAAGAUACACAUUCGAAAGGCUACCUGGAAGAAAGCUCGCGAAGGGAAGGAAUGAGUCCAGCACGCUCACGAGAAUUCGUACGGUGGCCGACAGCGAAACUGCAGUGCACCCGGGGCCCGAGCUGGCCUCGGACUCCAAGUAUGGGAGACGAUGCCACUACAAAUCAGGACUUGUCAUGAUCCGUGCUGAAGAAGACUCCUAUGAAUGCCCUGUGUGGGGGGAAGAAUUCCAGCAAAACCCAUACCUUCAUAACAAGAGUAUGCUGCAGUUUCUCGGGCAUCCGAGCACCUAUCCAGUGGAAAAUGGCUACGAGUGCUCUGAAUGUGGGAAGAAUUUAUCUUGCCGAAGGACACUCAAGGCCCAUAAGAGAAUCCACACCGGGGAGAGACCUUACGAAUGUUCCUAUUGUGGGAAAUUCUUCAGCCACAGCAUGAAUUUGAAGCGGCAUCAGAAACUUCACACCGGCGAGAGCCUCUACGAAUGCCCCGAGUGCGGCAAAACCUUUUACCGGCGUGAUAAAUUCAUCGAACAUCAGAGGAUUCAUACAGGGGAGAAACCUUAUGGGUGUCUUCAGUGUGGGAAGAGCUUUAGCCACAGAGGCACGCUGGUCAGCCACCAGAGAAUCCACAUAGGGCAUUGACAGGGCUGAGAUUGGGAAUGUUUGGUUUUUCAUCAGAAACUCUUCAAUAGCAAAUCUAAUUGUUACACUCCUGAAAAUCCAAGAGGCAGAGAAGCCUUUUGUUUUUACAAAAAAAAACUGAGUGUAAUGCUGAUACCACAAUAAUAUUCAACUGACGUGAACAAAAGACAUCUUCAGAGUAGAAUCAUUAAUUUGCUACGGGCGGUGAGGGAGGGUGGCAAAAGAGGACAAAAUCGUUGCUGUCCAUUGUAUUAAAAUAUCCAUUUAA